CCACAGCAUUUUGGAGCCAGGUGGGCUCCGUCCUCCUUCUAGCAGUCCCGAAGCCUAAAGCUUUUCUUUGCAGCUAAUCUAUAGCAAACAUUUACAUAUGGAAAAACAAUGCAGUGGAGCCUGUGUCAGCUUUCUCCUCUGAUCCUCUCUCUAUGCUCCCUGGCUUUAGUGGCACAUCAGGCCACGGCUACGGCACACGGGGGGCUCGAGGCAUUGCCUUCCCAGAGAAGAAGCAGCAGAAAUGUUAAUUCUCCGGCUCCUGUCGACUGUCAGCUGAGCCAGUGGUCAGAAUGGACUGAUUGCUUUCCUUGCCAAGAGAAAAAACACCGGUACCGGAGGCUGGUGCAGCCAGCGAAGUUCUCGGGGCGGCGAUGUGGAGGGUACUUCUGGGAUGAAGAAGCUUGCCACACCGAGACAACCUGCACGGGACACCCCACCUGUGGAAAGGACUUUCAGUGCGAGGAAACAGGUCGCUGCAUCAAACGGCAUCUUGUGUGCAAUGGAGAGCCAGACUGCAGAGAUGGGUCUGAUGAGGAAAACUGUGAGGAGGAAGAUAUCGAAAGUCCUUGUGAAGAUCUGUUUCCAAUCCCAGGGUCUGAAAAGGCAGCCCAAGGAUACAAUAUCCUAACACAGGAAGAGAGCCAGUACGUAUAUGAUCAUAAGUUCUUUGGAGGCCAGUGUGAGUAUGUCUACAACGGAGAGUGGCGGGAGCUGAAGUACGACGCCGCGUGUGAACAUCUCUACUACGGAGACGACGAGAAGUAUUUCCGCAAACCUUACAACUUCCAUGUUUACCAGUUCCUCGCUCAUGCUGAUUCUGGAUUCACUUUUGAGACUUACGAAGAUUCAAAGGACCUGCUUGACGCCCUUAAAAAGGAAAAAUCCGGAUCAAUAGGCCUUAACUUUGGAAUUUCACCUAAAAAAAUACCUGUCCGGUUAAACUUGGGCUUCACUUUGUCAGGUGGCAAAGCAACCACGAAGAAUUUCACACAAUACGAUUCAAAGGAGCUUGAAUUCAUUAGAGCUGUGACAAAGGUGCAGACAGCCCGUUUCAAGAUGCGAAGGGACAACAUCGUUUUGGAUGAAGACAUGCUGCUCGCCCUGCAAGAGCUUCCAGACACCUACAACUACGGCAUGUAUGCCAAAUUCAUUAACGACUACGGCACCCACUUCAUGACAUCCGGCACUAUGGGAGGUGUCUUUGAGUACAUCCUCGUCAUUAACAAAGAGGAAAUGAGAAAAAAAGACGUCCGCACCGAGCAGCUAAAUGGCUGUGUUGGGCUGUCACUCGGCGUUACAGCCACCUUGAAGAAACUGCAGGUGAUACCAACUGUGUCAGCCUCUUACUGUGCAUCGCAAGGAUUUAUGAAAACUGAUCGUAACAGCAAUGGGGCAGUUGUGGAAGAUAUUAUUCCCCGGAUUAAAGGUGGAGAUGCCAGUUCCAGUGGAGGGCUCUUAAACAGUUGGGAUGGCAAUAUAUAUCGUCACUGGGGAAGGUCAUUAAAAUAUAAUCCUGCUGUUAUUGAUUUUGAGCUGCAGCCCAUCCACGAAAUUCUCCGCAGAAGCAACCUCGGCGACAUGGAAACCAAACGGCAAAACCUGAAACGGGCUUUGGAGGAUUACUUGGAGGAAUUCAACACCUGCCGCUGCGGACCCUGCCAGAACAACGGCGAACCCCUUUUGGUGGGAGACACGUGUUUCUGCCAGUGUCGACCAGGGGACGAAGGCCCUGCCUGCGAGCAGACCAAGCGCCGAGGUGGGGAGACGAAAGGCCACUGGAGCUGCUGGUCCCAGUGGAGUCCCUGCCAGUCGGGCACGGCGCGGCGCAGCCGGCAGUGCAACAACCCAUCCCCACAGCGUGGUGGGGAGCCCUGCGCCGGGAGGGACCAGCAGAGCAAAGCCUGCUGAAAACCCACAGGACAGCAUCGCUCCCCACAGGUAAAGCUGAUUUUCACCCAGAGAUGAAUAUUCUCCCAAGGGCUUGAACCUGAUGUCUUCUACGUUGGGAAAAUGCAGCAGCCUAAAGCACCCAUUUAUCGCUAUGAUUUAGACAUCCCAGAGGAACAGGAAAUGAUCAAAAUAAGGUUUCCCACCCAUGGUUUUAUCAGUACUGUCUGGCGUCGGGCUGGCAGGUUAUGGAGAAACAUGAGACAGCGCUCUUACACCAAGGACUUGUUUGGCUCAGAGGAGAUUCUUACCUUUAUACUGACUGCUUAGGACUCAGGAAAACACCUGAAAAUAAGCGAGUAUGAAGUCACCUUGGUUAGAAAGCCACGUGUGCUUCUUUUGUGACCAGAAGGAAGAAAUUAAUGAAUGGAAAAAUGGGACGCCUUGGAGGCUGGGGAGGGACGGGGCCUGCAGGAAGGCAACCUGCAUCCUCAGCUUUUAGAGCCACUUUUAUCAGGAUAGAUCACAGGCUGGAAAACCACACACACAAAAAAAAUCCAAGUGAUUAAAGAAACCACAUGUGAAAUACCACAAUGAAACACAUAUAAAUAAGAGCGAAAAAGCUGGGAUUUGCCUGCAGUUGUUCAUUCUCCACGUUGAACGCCGUGGUGUCAAAAUAGAGAGAUGAAAGCCAGGAUACACGUGGGGCAGAGCUCGUCGUUCACCUCGCAACCCAGGGCAAGGAAAUACAAAGCCAAGGGUUCCCUUCAAAUGCCAAAGGUGGCUCGGCAGCAGCCCCUCUCCUCCCACUCCACAUCCAGGGCUCAGACAUCCGCACGGCUGAAUCUCAGGAGCAGCAAAGCUGAAGUCAAAAGAAAGGAAGAAGCUGCCUGCAAGAUCUGGGGGGGAAAAAAAACCCAAACAAACAGAUUAUGAGCAAUUACACAUUUACAAUGCCAGUCAAAGAAGCUACUAUAUCUCAUGCUGAAGUGGCCAGGCAUGAGAGUUGUGCUAGAUGAGAUAAGCAGCAAAAACGUACGUUUCUUACUUAAACUUAAAGCUUAGAGGGUACAAUAAAAUACUGCAGUUCUACCCUG